AGGUGAAGCAGUGAAGUCAGGAAAAGUAAUGGGUAAGGUCACAUGAUAUCAGUUUGCUUCCUAUGUAUGUCACGUGACCACCACUGAGCUGGGUUCCAUCAUGGCGGUCUGCAUUGCUGUCAUCGCAAAAGAGAACUACCCUUUGUACAUUCGUAGCGUUCCCUCACAGAAUGAGCUGAAGUUUCAUUAUACUGUGCAUACGUCUUUGGAUGUAGUAGAAGAGAAAAUAUCAGCAGUAGGUAAAGCCAUGGCAGACCAGAGGGAACUUUACCUUGGAUUGUUGUAUCCCACGGAGGACUACAAAGUAUAUGGCUACGUGACAAAUUCCAAAGUGAAGUUUGUCAUAGUGGUGGAUUCUUCGAACACAUCUCUACGGGACAAUGAAAUUCGAAGCAUGUUCAGAAAGUUACACAACUCCUUCACUGAUGUGAUGUGCAAUCCCUUUUAUAACCCCGGAGAUACAAUCCAGUCCAAGGCUUUUGACGGCAUGGUUUCUGGAAUGAUGGUGCAAGUUUCCUAACCACAGCCUCAAACACUUUUGUACAUAAGCUUUACUGUGUCGUUUUAUCGUGUCAAUUAAAAUAUUGUAUUGGAACGGAAUGCCA